AUGGCCUACCCGUACAUCGACACCCCGCGCACCGAAGUCGACGGAAACGCGACGUACCUGACUAACGGAUACCGCAGCGUCGGCCGCCACAAUCUCUCAGCCCUGGACUCAGUCGAAAACUCGUUCCAAACCCCCUCAAAGGACGAAGAUGUCCUGAAAGUCCUGGGCGACGCGCGCCGGCGCAGCUCUGCGGGAUCAAAGCUCAACACUCCGCGCGCGACGGCUGGCUUGAGAUCAACAAGAACCGCGUUAAACUCUCGACAGCAGCUCCCUUCGGCGAAGGGCGAAUUUACACCGAUGCUUAGGAGUGCUAUGAAGAAUAACCAGCUGAAGAAUAUGUCCACGACGCGCGGCGGAGCGGGCGGGUUGAAGACACCGGCUUAUUUGAAGGCGAAUUAUCGGAGCUCCGCAGGUACGCCGGGGCUACCGGCUAUGAGCAUGUUGGAUAUCGAGGAAGAGGAUGCGACAGCUGAUGAUCCGACGCCUGUUCCGCAGGUUGCGAGUAGCAGUAUUGCGGGUACUCCACUCCCGGGACUUGCCAGUCGGGAUCGUGGGGUGCUUGGUGAUGGAAACAACAUGACAUUGAAAGAGCAAGAGAAGAUAAUAGACAAGCUCGACAAGGACAACUUUGGACUGAAAUUGAAGGUCCAUUUCCUCCAGGAACAAUUAGAAAAGGCCGGGCCGGCCUACAACCAGGCGGCGCUCAUGGAAAACUCGGAACUCAAGGUCUCGAAGUUGACGAUGCAACGCGACAUAUCACGGUAUAAGAAGAGCCUCCAACAAGCCGAACGCGACCUCGAAGCAUAUCGCCAGCAGUUUCAGGAGCUGAAGGAGAAGAUGCGAAGGAAACACAUGGACGAGACUUUGCAGCGAGAGAUGGACUCAAUGCGAGAGGAGCUGGAGAGUAAAGACGAACGCGUGCGGGAACUCCAAGAACAAUUGCGAGAAGCGAAAGACGCUCAAUCGCAAGAGAUCGACAAGCUUCGGGAUGAUAUCGAGGACCUCGAAGCAUCUCUAAGAGAAAAGGACCGGACCAUCGAAGAGCGCGAAGAACAGAUCGAGGAAUUAAAGGACAAAGAAAACGAGGAGAAUGACGCGCUCUCAGAAUUGGAAUCGGAACUGCGACGAGCGAAAGAGCAAUUGGAGGAACUACAGGACUCUCUCGACCAGGCGAAGUCCGACGCGGUAGAAGCCAGAACCUCUGAACACCAAGCACUGGAAGAGAAGCAGAAGGCGGAGGAGAACCUUCAAGAGCUGCACGACGAGAUGGCCAAUAAGUCAAUCAGCACCAAGGGACUAUCGCGUCAACUAGAGGAAGAAAUCAAGGAACUUCGGCAAAAGAACAGCGCAUUGUCAGAGGAGCUUCAAUCGAAGACCAAGCGGGCGAGCGAGCUGGAGGAGCAAUCCCAGAAAGCUCGGCAAAGUGCAGAAGGGGAGAAGGAGAAGAUGCUUGAGGAACUGUCCCAAAUCCGACGAGAACGCGAGCUGGCUCGCCAGGAACGCGACGAAUUAUCUGCCCAGCUCCAAGAAGCACGCGAUGAAAUUCAACGCAAGACUGACGAGAAAGAUCUUCUCCACACCCGACAUCAUGCUUUGACGGACGAGUCCGGCAGCCUACAGAGCGACCUAGCCAGGGCGCAAGCCAAGAUCCGCGAACUGGAACAAGCCUUGAAUACCGAACAACAGCAGGCUUCAGAGGACGUGGAAAAUGUCCGUGCUCAUUACCUGGAGGACGUUGAGAGGUUGCAGGAGGAAAUUGAAUCGCUUCACCAUGAGAUCGAGGACAAAGAAGGCCAAUUCGCGCUGGAACAAGAUAGAUGGGAAAGUGCCCGACGCAACCUGCAGUUACAGAAGGAUAGGGCAGAGGACCAGGCGGCGGGUUUCAAGCGAACAAUUGAGAAACUCGAACAGGUGGAGCACACGCUGACAGGCAAGGAAUCCAAACUACAAGAAGUCAUCGACAGUGAAAAGGCAAGGCACUUCAACGCGGAAGCUGUUCUUGGCCGUCAAAUAAAGGAACUGAACGAUGACUUAUCGGCCAAGCGCGACGCAAUCGAUCAACUACGACAGGAACUGCUCUCAGUCAAGGAAGAGCUUCGCAUCACUAGACGCGCAGAAGUGACACUCCAGGAAAGAGUACAGUCCCUGGAGGAAGAGGUUGUUGUCCUACAGUCAAACUUGGAAGAAGAGCAAGAAUACGCCAAGAUCCGCUCACAGAAAGGACCGGCCGAGCAAGACGGCCAGGUGCUGAAGUUAGUAGCUGAGAAACAAAAGCUUCGAGACCAGCUUGCUAAUGCUCAUGUUGAACUGCAUGAUCUCAAAGCGGCCAAAGCUGAGAUUGAGGCAGACCGGGAUGAGCUUCAGGCGCAACUCGAGCAAGCCCAAAACCAGUUUGACGACACGACCCGAUUUGACAAGGAGAAGGUCGAGCUCCGCAAAUCCUCUCUCCGGCUGGAGAGCGAACUCAAAAGACUCAAGGACGACAAAUCAUCCCUGCUAGAGGUCAAGGAGGCACUCGAGAAGCAGCUUAACGAGGAAGUUGAGAGAGCUGCUUUGGAAGAGAACCGACUAUCCGCUGAAAUCGAGCAGCUUCAGGAUAAAUUACAUACCACCUCCGGCGGCAGAGAACGCGAACUCGCUCUAGCGAAGAGCAAGCUUCAGAGGUUCGAGAAGCGCAUCCACGAACUCGAAGCACUUCUUGAGCAGCAACCCGCAGACCACGAGCAGUCGGCAACUGCAGCAGAUUUGUCCCUUCUUCGGCAUAACCUGGACGAGGUACGCAGGCGCGAGAGGGCGCUCCUCCAGCGCGAAGCAGACCAGAAGUCCUCUAUUCGCACGUACCAAUCCAAGGUCGUCGAACUCGAAAAAGAGCUGCACGACGCGCUCAUCAAGAAGUACGAAACCCAGUCGCCGGCAUCAUCACCUUCCAACAAGCUACACGAGGAAGUCCGCACCCUACGGAAACAACUCUCAGACGCCCAACGGGCCCUCCGGGAACUGAAGUCCAAGAACCACAGCCUUGAGCGCACAGUCAUGCGAGAAGAGGACCAGCGCGAUCUCCACGAACUCCUCAAACAAUCCACCUUGGAAACCGAGUCCCUGGCCCUCCAGGUCUCCGAAAAAGAAGCCCAAUUGACCGAAACAGAGGCUCAACUCCGCCGAGUCCGCGAAGAGCGCGCAAACUACGCGCGAAAGGCCAACGCAGCAAUCAAGGAACUCGACACCCUGCACGACCGUUACAAGCAUGUGAUGGAAAAGGCAAGCACCAAGUCUGAGAACAGGACCAAACACGAGAAGGAAAUGCUAGGCCUAGGCAAGGAGAUUAUCUGGCUCCGCGCGAGACUCAAAAGGGAGGAGAAGUUCCGUCGGGAUCUUGCCUGGAGCAAGGGGCUAAUGGAGCUUGGGGAGCGGGUUCGCGUUGCUUGUAACGAAGCCGACCUCCGCAUGAUCUCGGAUAUGGGUGUCAGGCCCCGCGAUCGCGGCAACAUCCGGACGCCUACCGCGAAACUCAAGACCGCCGUCUCGAUGGUGAAGGCCGUCGUCCGCAUGCAGAAGAUGAGCCGGGAGUGGAAGAAGGCCACGAAACUAGGCGAGGGCCUGAAGCGCGCGAAGAACGAUGUUCUGAGGAGGCGUGAGAUGCAGAAGGAGAGGGACGGGUUAAAGGCAUAG